UGUCGAUAAUUGUUUUGAAGUUUAGUUGCAUUUAACCAAUGCCACGACCAUUGACACAUAGCAGACGUGCAACCUUUUUGUCACUUCGGCUUGCAAAUUUUUCUAAAGACGAAUGGAAGCCUACCCACACAAUCUCAUUAGUUGUGUUGACAUUUUCCAUCAAAAACGGCGGUGAGGAAAGCGGAUCGAAUAAAAUUACAGGGAAGAGUAAACGAGUCUAGCAAAUAACGUUGUUUUGUUUGAACCUAUUGACAUUUUAGGAUCAGUCAUAUUUAGACUACAAGGAUGUCUUGUGGUCAGAUUUCGCCGAAAUUUCAGUCGAAGCAAUCGCCUCAGUAAUUCUUUAAUAAAUUUUGGGUUCGUGUGAUUCGACCUGCCACACAUAUCAAAGGAUUUGCUCAAUUGUAAAGAUGAGCUUUCUUUUGGACAAUUGCUGCUUUGUUAAAAAUACUGCAAUCCUGGACAUAUUAUGAUGGUGAAAAAUCUUGAUUACGUGCAUGAGGGUUAUUCUUGGUAGGCUCACUUGUGUUUGGAAUAUUUAAAGUGCUCAGCAACCAAGAUAUUCACCAGCCGGCGAUCUACAGAACCUUGGCAACGACAAACAAACGGUUUAAGUAUGCCGGUUGGGCGACUGCAGAUCUAUAAAUAAACAUGUAUCAGCGUUGGCAACACUCUGGCUUCUGCUGGCAACAUUAUAUGAUAUUUUCAAUAACAAUCUUUGUCUCCAUUAUUGGAGCAUUGAUGGCUUGUUGUGACCAGGCCCGGAGAGUAUAGCUCAAAAACAUAACCAGGACUUCAGGCUUUUCAGCAGCGGCCUUCGGCUUUGUCUGAAUGAAACGCCGAAGUUCUUAACAUGCGCUGCAACCUUGGGGCGGAAGCUAGUGCAUAAUUAUCUACAGUAACCCUAAAUCAAAUAUCACAUCACAAAGCAUCCUCCAGCCAUCAAUGAGAUCCAUUUCUAAUCAGUGCAUGGGCGUUUUAAUAACAUAUAUUAGUUAUGCCGUGGAGGAUCGGUUACAACGCUGGUGAAACGUCUGUUACGAGCGGGCUCUCGUCUCUCCGAGGACCUCAUCGCGUUCAUAAUUCACGAAACACUCAAGGGUUUGGAAGUUCUUCAUCAGAAGAAUGUGAUGCACCGGGAUAUCAAAGGAGCGAACAUCUUGCUGACGAGCAACGCUAGCGUCAAACUGGUCGACUUCGGAGUAUCAGCACAGUUAUCAAAUUCCGAAGCUAGAAGGCAUUCUUCGGUCGGAACACCAUACUGGAUGUCGCCAGAGGUGAUAGCAUGCGACCAGCAGUUUGAUUACACUUAUGACGCUCGUUGUGAUGUAUGGUCGCUUGGCAUUACCGCUAUCGAACUGGCCGAUGGUGUUCCGCCCUUUGCCGAGGAACACCCGAUGAGGGCUCUGUUUAAAAUACCACGGAGCCCACCACCAACAGUGAAGAAUCCUGCAAAGUGUUCGGCAACUUUCAACGAUUUCGUUUCAAAGUGUGUUAUCAAAGAUUUUGAACGACGUCCAAGAGUUCCGGAGGUCUUACUUCACAAGUUUGUUAAAUGGGUCCCACAGAAAAAGCGAGAGUUGCAGCAAACGUUAAAGAAUCUUAUGUCCACUCACUACGGAGCCCAGGAGGGUGUUGACUGUGAAAACAGUUGGCAUCGAAGCCCAAUAGGAGCUCAUCGAAACCGAUGGCGAGAUCGCAAGAUGCUUGGAGUGGACGAUUUGGCUUCUCUUGAAAACCUCACUGAGGAAACUAUUCUAACGCAUGUCAUGGAACGAUAUUUGGGAGAUCAGAUCUACACUUACAUCGGAGAUAUCCUUAUUGCUGUAAACCCAUUCAAAUCGUUACCCAUUUACGAUCAACAGAACGUACUGAAAUUCCUGAACGUUAACAAACAAGCAGCACCACCUCAUAUUUAUGCCGUUGCUGCUUCGGCCCACAGAUCCAUGGUUAUAAAUCAACAUCAGCAGUGUUGUUUAAUAAGCGGCGAAAGCGGAGCUGGGAAAACCGUGUCUUCAAACUUUUUGGUGCAGCAGUUGGCUGAACUUGGAAAGAGCGGAAACAGAAUGUUGGAAAAUAGAAUCCUACAGGUGAAUCCCUUGAUGGAAGCACUAGGGAAUGCCCAGACUGGAAUCAAUGACAACUCAAGUAGAUUUGGAAAAUAUCUUGAACUACAGUUUACGUCAAAUGGAAACAUCAUUGGAGCGCGCUUAGCCGAGUAUUUGCUGGAAAAAUCUAGAGUUGUUUCUCAGUCAGAGGAAGAAAGAAAUUUCCACGUCUUUUAUUAUUUUCUUGCUGGACUUUGGCGAGAUGGAACACUUGGUGAUUACUCUCUGAAGGUCAAAGGCAAAUAUAAGUAUUUGCAAUCAGGAAAGAAAAGUUUGGAAGAAGCGGUGUUUACAACAGAAAACCAAAAAAGAUACGUGGAGUUCAAGAAAGCGCUGAAGAUCAUUGGCUUCACUGCAGAGGAAAUGUCAACGUUGUUCUCUAUCAUUGCUGCAAUUAUUCAUAUCGGUGACAUUGAUUUUAUCGAAGACAAUUCAGACAGACACAUGACUGCAAACAGCAAAGUUAGCAAUUACCAACAACUGGAAAUAAUCGCAUCAUUAUUGAAAGUGAGUGCAAACGAUCUGUGCUACGCUUUGAUAACCAGCAGUAAUGUCACGAGAGGUGAGACAAUUAGUCGAAAGAAUACUGUGCAGCAAUCUCAGGACUGUCGAGAUGCGAUGGCAAAGGCGAUGUACAAUGUUUUAUUCAGUUGGAUUGUGGAUAGAAUCAAUCAGUUGUUGGCUCCUGAGGACGGUUUGCAAAGCAAAGAGUUCAAAAUUGGUAUUCUGGACAUAUUUGGGUUUGAGAACUUUUAUCACAAUUCAUUCGAGCAGUUAUUCAUCAACAUCGCCAACGAACAGAUCCAGCAUUAUUUCAACCAGUAUAUUUUCACAAUGGAAAUAAACGAAUACCAAAAAGAAGGCAUUCCAACCAGUAAAAUCACGAUGAAGGACAAUAAACAUAUGGUGGAUCUGUUUCUUCAGCGGCCAAUGGGUCUACUAGCCUUAUUAGAUGAAGAAUGUGGAUUUCCUAAAGCAAAUGAUAAGACGCUAAUAGAUAAGUUCAACAGUAACAUUCAAUCCGAUUGCUUCACCCGAAGCAGGGAUGUUAAACCUUCAUUCACGAUCAAACACUAUGCAGGAGAGGUAUUUUAUGAUGCAACAGGAUUUCUUGAAAAGAACAGAGAUACAAUGUCACCUGAUAUCGUCCACGUCCUGAGAACUAGUGAAAACAUGCUUCUGAGAACAUCAUUCUCACAGGGUGCAAUGUUGAGAAAUGAUUACCAGGGAAGGAAGCCGCUGACGUCACCGUAUCGUGGGGGCAAAAUGAAUGGACAAGAACGAAAAGAGUCUAUGAUAAUCGUGAGUAUGCCGGCCGGAAAAUCAACCAACUCCGUAUCAAGAAGACAACAGACGCUUUCGAUGAAUUUUCGGGGUUCUUUAGAGGAUCUUCUAUACCGAUUGAACAAAGCCGAGCCACAUUUUGUAAGGUGUAUUAAACCAAAUGAUAAAAAGAUGGCGGAUCUCUUUGACCAAGAAAGAGUAAUGACACAGCUGAAAUACACAGGCGUUUUGGAAACAACUCGUCUGAGAAAAGAGGGUUAUUCAGAGCGCAUCACCUUCGGUGAAUUUGUUCGCAGAUACCAGCUCGUUUUGUUUCAUUUGAACGAGAAUGUUCGGGCGGAUGCCUUGAGUUGCAAGGCGAUACUUCGAGCAGCUGGCCUAGAUCACUGGCUGGUUGGAAAGACGAAGAUCUUCCUGAAAUAUUACCACGUCGAAAAGCUGGGCACAAUUCUUGAAAAGUAUCGACAUUCCGUGAUACUUGUUCAACGAGCUGUUCGUGCAUGGCUGCAGAAAAGACGCUUCAAGCGUGUUCGUGACAAAAGAAAUGAAAGCGCUAUAGUUUUGCAAAAAGUUUACCGAGGACGACUGGUACGCAAGAAAUAUGGAAACAUGCUAAACAAAAGAACAAGAAAAGCCAUCGUUAUUCAAUCCGCUGUGCGUGGUUGGCUGGCGGUGAGAAGAUAUAAAAGGUUAAAAGUUAAGAGGGAAAAAAGCGCAAUCAAACUUCAAGCUGUGUUCCGAGGAUAUAGAGUGAAGAUGUUUUUCCGAAAAGAACUGGAAAUGCGCCGGAGGAUGAUAAGAGAGCAACACGAAGCAGCCGCCAAAAAAAUAACUGCAGUUGCUCGUGGUUUUCAGGGAAGGAAGGAGUACGGGCGUCUUUUGGAGAAAUCUUCUCAAAUGGAAACAAAAAUGAUCUAUUUCCUUCAACAGGUUUCACAUCUGUGCAACGAGUUUUAUGGAGUGCAAAGAAAGCUGAAUAAGCCAGUACCCAAAAAAGAUCGCUACACGGAGGAAAUGGGUCUGACUAUACCAAUGUCACUCUUUGAACAAAAUAAAGGGGUGGGAAAACCACGCGAAACGUUUCCCAAAAGACUCAACGGAGAGAGUGUUGCUGGCAUCGAGCUUCUUGAAAGAGGGAAUGAGACGAAACCAUUGAAGGUAAAUCCAAUAGCUGCGACAAACCAAACAAAAUCGGUAAAACCAAAACGUAAAACUCCCUUAUCACCCAAGAAAUACUCCGCAAAAAUCGACGAGUCGGGCUACAAAAUAAACCCGAUAUUACUGGAGGCGGAAGUGGAGACGGAAACGGAGAUACGGAAACGGCGAGCAGGGUCGUUUCUCAUUGAUAGCAAUCCGUUGGGACUGAACUACGAUAACACAGUACGAGAUAAGGAACCCAGAAGAGAGGACGUGGUAAUUAUUAACAACAGAAAUGGACAAGAUCGGGCAAGGAAGACCUCCAGAAACCAAUCAAGUAAUGUCGUCGUUAGGGAACCGUCACAAGCCGGUUACGUCAGACGGAAACCUUCGGAGUCGGGCAGAGUGACACAAAAUGGAGAAUUACAUGAAGUAGAAGACGUCUCGGAUUUACGAGCACGAUUGCGAAGGACGGGACAAAUAGAGGAGGGUUCGGGAUUGCAUAGGAUAGAGCUUGCUAGACAACAUUCACAACGUAUCAUUGAUGUACAAUAACAGGAUAAUGU